AAUAAAAAUCAACUUCUUCCACCACUUAACCGGCAAAAUGUGUAAUUGACCCUGAAAUAUCAAGCCCAAUUAGUGUAGAUUAUACAACCUAUUUUAUAUAAUAGCCGUAAUAAGCUGUAUCAUGUCAUAAACGACAGCUAUCUGCCAAUCAAAUCUGCCAAAAUAUAAACAUAAUUAUUUGCAGCUACCAGGAACUUAUUACAAACGUAAUGGAUGCUUCGAAUCCAACAAAGCUUCCUCCUUACAACUGGAUAAAAGACGCAAAGAUUUACAACAAAAAUUACGCUUUGAUUCCGCCGGAUUGGAUUAAAACAAACGCAGAUAUAGUCGUCAUCCUUUUCAUUUCUAAUAAUGUAGAUAGGGAGGGAAUAGUCCAGAAAUUUUAUAAUAUCUACGAAAGUGUCAAACACGCGAAUGUGCCUCUAGAAGUUAUACAUGUGCCAUUAGACGAGAAUAAAUUACUAAUGAGGCAAAGCUUCGAGCAGCAAGCGAACUGGUUCACGCUUCUGCACGAUGAUCCCCUGGUACUCAUCCUGACUUAUUUGUAUGAAGUAUCAUAUAUUCCAUAUUUUGUUGUCAUAAAACCUGAUGGAACCAUUGUCUCUAACACUGGCAAUCGAGAUUUGGAGCAAUAUGGUAAGAAUGCAAUCAUAGCUUGGUUGUCUCCAUUGGCGUGUGUGAAACAUACUAGAAAACUGGCCGAUGAAGCGGCUAUGUAUGGAUCUAAGUGGAGGUAUUUGAUUAAACAAGAAGAUGAGGAAAAGAAAGAAUAUCCGAGGAGGUUUACGAGCGAUGUGUCCAAGAAUAGCGCGCGACCAGGAUUGAUGCCAGUGAGGCGCAGCGCGAUGAAGGAAAGUGCGGGGGCCCAGACUGAAGCCGUGGAGAAACCAUCUUCUGUACCGUGACGUAGAGUUUUACCGGAUUGAUAAAGAUGACGCCCGGUGUAUCCUUUUUAUUAGGUACUUUAUAAGAUUUUCUGCCAGGAGUUUGGUUUCUUUGGCAUGUUCUGCAGCGCAAAUUGCUUGACAGAUUUUAAUUCCUGAUGUUGUUAAACUAACCACUUAUCUGUGAUAUUGGCUAUAAUGUUAAUAAAUACUGAAUUUAAUUUUAA